UCAUUUGAAGCGCCCUUGGAGAAAUACAAGGAGAAACUGGAAGAGAUGGAACCCAAUGCACCUUCUGAGAGCGUUUUUGGACGGGAUACCUUCAGACAAUGAGACAUGUGAAGCAGAUGGAAAGGUUUAUCAGGCUGAAGUCAGAGCAGCAAGACAGUGUUACUGACAGUCGUUUGCCUGGUGUGGAAGAUGGGGUCAGUAAGGAUUCUUCCAUGCUGGAUUUUGAGAACCUGGAGCAGACCAGGGCCUUGGCUGCAUCACUUGAGACAUGUUUGAGGUUCUCAAAGUGCAUAUCCUCCACAAUGCCGACUCUGGUCCAACUGCUGUCUUCAUCUUCUGCCACUGAUGUUGAGAACACGAUUGUUUUGCUGAUGAGGUGCAGACAGUUCCAAAUUGAUGACUCUGAGGCCUCUCUCCGGAAAAUUUUGCCACUUGCAUUUUCACAGGACAAGCCUAUCCAUGCAGCUGUUGAGGAUGCAUUCAUCACAAUUUAUUUGACGAGAAACCCUACAGAAACUGCUGCAAAUCUAUCGAGCAUUGCUAUAGAAUCUAGCAUCGGCGAUCUAGCAGCUCUAGAAUUUAUAGUUGGUUCCUUGGUAUCUAAGGGGAAUAUUUCUACAAGCACGGUAUGUUUAUUUGAUUGUCAUAAUUUCAGAUACCUUGGCAUAGUUUCUGUAAGGACAGAUGUUUAUUCAUUUGGAAUUGUUCUGUUGCAACUGAUAUCAGGAUGCAAUGUGAUCAAUGAAAAUCAAGAAGAGCAAAGCCAGUCUCUACUUCGAUGGGCAGAAGUGCUGAUCGAAAAGCUUGCAUUACAUGAACUGAUUAAUCCUCGUGUUGGAGAAUCCUACGACACAUACGAACUGUACCAUAUGGCUAGGACAACGUACUUGUGUGUUAGGAGAAGGCUGGAAAUGCACCCAUCCAUGGGAGAGGUAACUGAUUGAAACUUGGUA